AUGGUAGUAAAACUCCGUCUUGCCCGCUUCGGCGUUCGUCAUGCUCCGGUCUACAACAUUGUCGUCGCACAUGCCCGAACUGCACGCGACUCACGGCCUCUCGAAGUUAUUGGAACUUAUGAUCCUAUUCCGAAACCCCCAGCAGACGGAAUUGGCAGGCCGGUGAAGGACAUACAACUCGACACUGCCCGAGCAAAAUACUGGAUCGGUGUUGGCGCACAGCCGACAGAUACUGUGUGGCGCCUACUCGCUAUGUUUGGAUUGUUGGAACCUAAGUGGCCAGUAGCAAGGAUUCAACAAAUGAAUCCGGAGGCUGGACCCAAGGUUCCGAAGUCGCUGAAGCAGGCUAAGGCGGGGGCGACCCAGGCGUAA